AUGGCCAAGCUUUUCCUCUUCCCGGAGUAUUUCUCAGAAACCCUAGUCACUGAUUUGUUUCUUCUCCCCCGCCUCGCUCGCGCACACCACCGCCCCUUUCUGUCAUCUUCCACCUCCCCACGGGCUCGCAGGCUGCGGGUGCGAGCUACGAGCGUGCCAGCGUUGGGGCGCCGCCGGCCACAGGGAGUCGGGGACACCGGCCUCGGGGUCAACCGCGCCGGGCACGGGUACGCCGGCGUCGGAUUCGAGCACGCCAGGCACAAGGACGCUGGCCUCGGGUUCAAGUGCGCCGGCCGUGGGGACGCCAGCCUCGGGGGCAAGCGUGCCGGCAGUGGGAACACCGUCCAGAGGCCUCUCCCGCCCGACGUUACUGCCCUGCUUCAGUACCUCCCCACAGAUCCACGCUAG